AUGACCGGGCUGUUGUGGAGGACGUGGGGCGCAGCUCUGUGUGGGAACCGGCGAUCGGCGGUGCUGUGGCCCCGGUCACGGCUGGAGAGCAUUAGUCGAGCAGCCAGCGGCUCAGUGUGUGUGGAUGUGGGGGAGAGAAAAUUGGAAAUUACUUCUGGCAAACUUGCUCGUUUUGCAGAUGGAUGCGCCGUAGUGAAGCUAGGUGACACUUCUGUGAUGGUAACCGCUGUAAGCAAAACCAGUCCUUCGCCGUCUCAGUUCAUGCCAUUAGUGGUAGACUACAGACAGAAAGCUGCUGCUGCAGGACGGAUACCUACAAACCAUCUACGAAGAGAACUUGGAUCUACCCCUCAUGAAAUUCUUACCAGCAGAAUAAUAGAUCGGUCAAUCCGCCCCUUGUUUCCACCUGGUUACUUCUAUGAUACGCAGGUUUUGUGUAAUUUAUUAGCAGUGGAUGGUGUUAAUGAACCUGAUGUAUUGGCCAUAAAUGGAGCCUCUGCUGCACUUGCACUGUCAGACAUACCAUGGAACGGACCUGUUGGUGCCGUUAGAAUUGGUAUGAUUGAUGAAGAAUUUAUUAUAAACCCUACUAGAAAGCAGAUGUCAUCUAGUUUAUUAAAUUUGGUUGUCACUGGAGGCUUACAAAAUCAAGUAGUAAUGCUUGAAGCUGCAGCUGAAAAUGUGUUGCAACAGGAUUUUUGUCACGCUGUGAAACUGGGAAUCAAACAAGCAACUCAAAUCAUUCUGAAUAUAAAACAAUUAGCCAAAGAACACGGGAAACAAAAGCGCAUUGUAAAGAAGAUGUUCAAACCUCCUGAAGACAUUAUUGAAACUGCAAGAAGGCUUGCAUCUGAGAAACUUUUAGCAGUGUUUUCUGAUUAUACCCAUGACAAAAUCUCUAGAGAUGAAUCUGUGAAGGCGAUCAGACUUGAAACUGAAGAGGUUUUAAGAGAAAAAUUCCCGGAAGCGGAUCCAUUUGAAAUAAUGGAGUCUUUCAGCACCGUGUCCAAAGAAGUUUUCAGAAACAAAGUUUUGACUGAAUGCAGAAGAUGUGAUGGCCGAGAUCUUACAUCACUCCGAAAUAUCAGUUGUGAAGUGGAUCUUUUUAAACCUCUCCAUGGCUCUGCAUUAUUCCAGCGUGGCCAAACACAGGUUUUGUGUACAGUUACAUUUGAUUCCAUAGAAUCCAGCCUGAAAGUUGAUCACAUAACAACAGCGUUAAGUGGUUUGAAAGACAAGAACUUUAUGCUUCAUUAUGAGUUUCCUCCUUACGCAACAAAUGAGAUUGGCAAGGUGGGGAUGAAUAGGAGAGAGCUGGGCCAUGGUGCUCUUGCGGAAAAAGCGCUAAAACCGGUCCUUCCAAAGGAUUUUCCCUUCACAAUAAGAGUGACUUCUGAAGUGUUAGAGUCAAAUGGCUCCUCCUCUAUGGCUUCUGCAUGUGGUGGCUCUUUGGCCUUAAUGGAUGCAGGUGUUCCAAUUUCUGCUCCCGUUGCUGGUGUUGCAGUUGGAUUAGUUACAAAAUAUGGUACAGACAAUGGAGAAAUUGAAGAUUAUAAAUUACUUACAGAUAUAUUGGGCAUUGAAGACUACAUUGGCGAUAUGGAUUUUAAAAUGGCUGGCACCAGCAAGGGAAUAACAGCUUUGCAGGCAGACAUUAAAAUCCCUGGGUUACCUUUAAAAAUUGUGAUGGAAGCUAUCCAGCAGGCAAGUGUGGCCAAAAAAGACAUUCUGCAAAUAAUGAAUAAAACAAUUGCAAAGCCAAGAACAAAGCAGAAAGAAAACGGCCCUGUCAUAGAAAACGUCAAUGUGCCUUUGUCCAAGAGAACAAGAUUUGUUGGUCCGAGUGGAUAUAAUAUAAAGAAACUUCAAGCUGAAACAGGAGUAACUGUGAGCCAGUUAGAGGAAGAAGUGUUUUCAGUUUUUGCUCCAACACCCAGUGCAAUGCAUGAAGCUAGAGAGUUCAUCAGUGAAAUUUGCAAAGAUGACCAAGACUAUAUCCUGGAGUUUGGAGCAAUAUACACAGCCACCAUAACUGAGAUCAGGGACAUUGGUGUAAUGGUGAAACUGUAUCCAAAUAUGACACCUGUUUUGCUUCACAAUUCACAGCUCGACCAUCGAAAGAUAAUUCACGCAAGUGCACUAGGUCUUGAAGUUGGUCAACAAAUUCAGGUGAAAUAUUUUGGUCGAGAUCCAUCAAAUGGGAGAAUGAGGCUGUCUAGAAAAGUUCUUCAGUUUCCAGCUAGUACUGUGAUCCAAACUCUCAGUGAUAGAAAUAGUAUUACUAUGGGAAGUGACAACUCUUCAUCUUAA